GAUCAGAUCGGUAAUGAAAUAGUCACGUCUGUUGCUACUUCAUUACCGGCUACUUCAGCAGCACAAUUUAGCUUAUGUUCAGUGCAAGAGUGAAAAAUAAGUCAAUUCUGGACGGGAUAUAACACCAGUGGAGAUGUCGACCGCUCUUGAGAGUUACAUUAACCGGACUUGUGCCAUUAUUACAUCAGAUGGACGAAUGAUUGUGGGAACGCUGAAGGGCUUUGACCAGACAAUCAACCUCAUCUUAGAUGAAAGCCACGAGCGUGUGUUCAGCUCCUCCCAGGGAGUGGAGCAGGUUGUACUGGGACUGUACAUCGUUAGAGGAGAUAAUGUGGCUGUUAUCGGUGAAAUCGAUGAGGAAACAGACUCUGCGUUGGAUCUCGGGAAUAUAAGGGCGGAACCACUUAACUCUGUAGUGCACUAAUUUUCCCCCAGAGUAGGGUAAAUGUAGAGACUCGUUCAAACCACAUCCACAGUAUUUUUCACUGUACCAACCAACCCUUGCCCCACCCCCACUCUUAUUGCUUGGAGUGUCUGCAGAAAUGGAAUAGAAAUUCCGACCCUUUUUUUUUUUUUAACCUGACUUUUUUACUUGUGAAAAUAAAACAAAAUAAAUUGUUAAAAAAUGGUCUAAACAUGUUUAUUUUUAGGGAACAAAGACACUAUUUGUAGUUUUAGCUCAUGUCUAACGUAUAGAAAGCUGUAGUGUGGAAUGGCAAGAAUUAUAUUCUAUGUAAAUAUUGUCGAGUUCAUCUCACAAUGCCGGUUAAAAUGGACUUAGAAGCCCUAGAACAUGGAGUACAAACCUAAACAAACAGCAUCAUGAAGAUAGAGAAGCUGUUAAAACAAGUCCGGGGCAAAGUUCUGAAAAAGAGUUUCCCAAGGUUUGCACAUUAUAAUAACAGAAUUAAACAUGUUACUAAAGCAUGGAAAGAAUAUGGCUCAGCUGUGGCUUUGCCUAGAAUUCUUCCACCCAAAAAAUCUUCUUAUUAAGAUGAUUAGUCAAAGAAUAUCCAAGAGAAACUCUGAAAGAUCUGAAGAAAUCUACAGCUCAGCUUGGAGACACUGUUUAGAGGAAGGCUGUAGCCUGGACACUCCACAAACCUGGCCUGUUUUUCUGACUAAUCGUUUUGUAUCUUUUGACUCCGAAGGUUCUGGAAAGAGGUAAUUGGAGGCACGCUUGCGAACACAAAAUACGCUUUAUUUUUUCUCUCUUGGCUCUACCACUUUUUAUCUCUCGUUGCUCACUACAACAGGGAAAAAGUCAUCAGUAGAAUUAAGCACAGGUAUGUGAUGAUUACUACUUACCUCAUCUUUUUACUUAGACACUGGGUUGAGUUAAAUCACAUUAAAUGUCUAGAUUUUAUAGUUCAUUAAAUAUAGUAAUUAAUUUUUUCAUAUUAUAGUCAUCAUUUUUUCUUUUCUCUAUCUCUGGGGCUGUGAUGAGAAACACUGAUGUUAAAGAUAAUCAGCUUAUAAGCAAGAUCCUCUGCUGCCAUCUCAAGGAAUAGACAACAAAAGAUAUAAAUGUUACUGACAGCAUGGAGGAGAGAAAUGUUAUAAUGUCCUUCAGAACAACCUAUGAGCUUGUUUCAGAGAAAAACUUUAAAAUAAUAAAACCUCUCCAACUCAGA